UUUCAGAUUCGCCCAACGAGCUGCUAACUCCCUCUAUGAAGAGAGUAAGGCUGCACUCCAUUUCACAAUGGCUUCCCUUGCUGCAGCAAAUGCAGAAUUUUGCUUCAACCUGUUCAGAGAGAUGGAUAACAAUCAAGGAACUGGAAAUGUGUUCUUCUCCUCUCUGAGCAUCUUCACUGCCUUGGCCAUGGUCCGUUUGGGUGCACGAGGUGACUGUGCUUCUCAGAUGGAUAAGGUGCUUCACUUGAAUACCGUCUCAGGACAUGGAGACUCUUCCAAUACUCAGCCAGGACUCCAAUCUCAACUGAAAAGAGUUCUCACCGAUAUAAACACAUCUCACAAGGGUUAUGAGCUCAGCAUUGCCAAUGGUCUUUUUGCGGAAAAAGUGUUUGACUUUCAUGAGAACUAUAUUGAACAUGCUGAAAGACUAUACAAUGCCAAAGUGGAACGGGUUGACUUCACAAAUGAUAUAGAACAUACCAGAUAUAAAAUUAACAAAUGGAUUGAAAAUGAGACACAAGGCAAAAUCAAGAACACCUUUCGUGGAGGCAGCAUAAGCUCCUCUGCUGUAAUGGUGCUGGUGAAUGCUGUAUACUUCAAAGGCAAGUGGGAGUCGGCCUUCUCCAAGAAUGACACUCGAAAUUGCCGUUUCAAGUCUCCCAAGUGUCCUGGAAAAACAGUCACCAUGAUGCAUCAAGACGGGAAGUUCAAUUUGUCUGUCAUUCAGGACCCAUCUAUGAAGGUUCUUGAACUUAGAUAUCAUGGUGGCAUAAGGAUGUACAUAAUGCUCCCUGAGAAUGACCUAUCCCAAAUUGAAAACAACCUGACCUUUCAGAAUCUGAUGGACUGGACCAGUCCAAGAAAAAUGAGCUCUCAGUAUGUUGAGGUGUUUCUUCCUCGGUUCAAGAUAGAGAAGAAUUAUGAAAUCAAACGCUAUUUAAGAGCCCUAGGGCUGAAAGAUAUCUUUGAUGAGUCCGGAGCUGAUCUCUCUGGUAUAGCUGCAGGAGGUCGUCUGUAUGUAUCAAAACUGAUGCACAAGUCCUACAUAGAGGUUACCGAGGAGGGCACAGAGGCCACGGCUGCCACAGGAAGCAACAUUGUAGAAAAGCAACUCCCCGAGUCUACGGUGUUCAGAGCUGAUCAUCCAUUCCUAUUUGUCAUCAGGAAGGAGGACAUCAUCUUGUUUAGUGGCAAAGUCUCUUGCCCUUGAAAAUCCAAUUGGUUUCUAUUAUGAUAGUCCCUACACCGUCAAGGAACCACCCCAAGUGGAUAGAUUUGAGUUUAAUUGGAAGCACGUGGUGUUUCCUUUCGUUUACUUCCUUCUAACGUUGGUCGGCCGAGGAUUUUGGUGACUUGACCCUUCUCAGACACCUGCUUGAUGAUCACGAUCUUGCUCUCAGCAUUUCUACCACCACCUGACUCAUCCAUUUCUGAUUUCAUUGUCUGUCUUCCCACACUCAUUUCUACCAGUAUCUCCCAUGGCCACUUGCACACAGAUCUGGGCAUAACAUCUGGAAAUUGUGGAGUGCUCCACUGGUAAUGACAGCGAGGAAGCAGCCCUGGGGAUCUUUUCUGACACUCUGUAGCUAUCACAGAUAUUCUAGUUUUAUUGUAAAUGAUCUGGGAAGUAAGCCCAGCUGCUAGAAAUAAGUGUGAAGCAUAACUUUUUCUUGCUGACCUAAGAAGACAUUAGAGCUUAGUUUAACAUAUCUGAUUUGAAAUCGAUUUCUAAUCUAGACGCUGAAAAAUAUGGAUUUGGGAUUGGGGGCCAACCAAAAUAUUUCAUUAAUAAUUUCAAAUGGAUGUCUUUUGGCCUUUCCUUGAUAGAGACCUAAUAUGUACAUAGUUUUUCAAAUAUUAAAUGCCUUUUAACUGUUGCCAGUUAUUUACAGUAUAUUAUUUCAUAUGCUAUGUAGUUUACAAGUUUUUUCUCUGUUUAUCAGAA